AUGAAGCUUUUGGAAAACGCCCGGUUGGAUACCCUUAGUGCAGCAAUUUCCACCAACACAGGGGACAGCCAGAUCGAUGGAAGGUAAGAUGUCGGUUGUCGUUUUACUGUUAUAUGUUAACUUUAUUGUUUGGUCCAAAUAAGCUCAGCUGUCAAAGUGAUCCAACUGACUGCAUUUCUCUGAGGCAAGAAUUAAACAGUUAAACGUGCAGUAUCACAGCUGAUUUUCGGCCAUUUGAACGAACACAACGCUUAAAACGAAUCUUAUUUUUCUACUUUUACACUUCCCAGAUUUUGAUCGAAGGCCUUUAAUUUGAUAUUUUUUUUGGUCGAUGACUAUGUACAAACGCUGUGUUUCAUUUUAACCCUUCGCCUAUUUUAAUUGUCAUAUAUUUUUGAGAAGGGUAAUGAUCGAUAAAGAGAAAAACAAAGCCAAAUACAGAUUGAGCCAUUGUGUAAAUGUGUUGUUUUCCUUCGAUCACGGGACUUUCCGCUGAUGGAAUCGAGUGGAUUGUUUACCAAAAUACAACGGCAAACGGAUAUCGAUUCACGGUUUGGGCAAAUGGUAAGCAAAAUUCAGGACUGGCAAAUUUCGUCCUUGAAUCUCGUUCACCAUUUGCAGAAAUCAAAUCCAUUUUCCCAAAAAAACGGCUACGAAAGCCUGCAACUGGUAUCAAAGGUGACUUCGAUGAAAUGGAACACCAAUUUCUGCUUGGAAAAUUUGGAACCGAAAAACAUUACAAUUUCAGAAAUCUGUUGCUCACAGAAGUUUUUUUAAUUGGAAUGACCUGAAAAGUCAUGUUCCAUUUGCUUGCCAACUGGAUUUUCAGGAAACUUUUUUCAUAUGGUUAAGAAUAGUGGUCUGGAGGGCUUGGUUACCAGAGAAACUAUUAUUUCGGCGGAGCGCGAAGUAAAGGAUUCGCGACGCUCAGGAAUGUAUCAAAGUUGCAAUUUUUUGACAAGAUUGGGCAAGCAAAGUCUGUAGGUUUUCGGUUCUAUUCGGCUAUCAUCCUCGGAGACCCAGGGGCAGUUGGUCGGGUCGAUAAAAAGUUCGUGGUGAAAGUUUACUGUACGAUCGAGACGAGCCCCUGGGCACUUACUCUUACCGAACCAGUUCCAGAAGCGUUUGAAUUGCUUGCUUCUGAUUGGCCAGAAAAAUUUUUUUCUGGCCAAUCAGCGAAGAGAAGCUGCCGGGUGACUCUCGUGUUUUCUUACACGACGUAGUUUUCCUACGUAGUUGCGUAGCGGGUCCAACGAGGAAAGUUUCAGAACAAAAUGUUAACAACCCGCAAAAAUUACAACCUUUAGCACGGCUACAAGAAACAAACACUCUCCGAUGAAUUUUUAGGGCGGAUCUUUCCAAGGUAUCGUAAAUUUUUAUUGCUGAUACGAUACGCAAUGCAUGACUUUAACUCCACACCUUACUUUGCUCACAUUGUCUAGUAUACAACGCCAAGCUUACAUUUUAGAUGCCCAAGUUCGUUGCACGACCUCUGAAACUUCUACAGCGUGAAAAUCUCCGUUGCACGGGCCACUCAACUACGUCGAUUGAUCGUGGGAAUUGCUGGCUUGCUGCACUGCACGCACCUUCUUGAUUUCGCGCCAAACUCCCCUUACCGUACGUAAUUUAAAUACAGCCGUUGUGUUUAGUUCGAAAUCUCGGUCCGGUUAUGUGCUGAAUCCUGACUUGUUAAGUGAGGUCGAUUUUUGCAGGCUGUGUGGGUUUGUUUUUACGGAUAAGCGACGAAAAAAAAAAUAAAGGUGAGUUUGCGAAAAUGUUUGACAGUGGUUGGUGUGAAAGUUUUGUAGGGCGAUAAACACGCAGUGUGUGACACGAGUAGGUAUAGAGUUGAGAAAUCGUGGAAGGGUGGGAUGUCUGUAGAUAUUUUUGUGGUCACUAAAACUUUUCAAGAAGUGAACGCUCUUAAGGAAAUUCCAGGGAGAAGAGACCAAGGAAUAGGGACACUUUCCAAAGAUCCAACUUCAGCCCUUGAUUUCAAGGACCUGGGUUUCUGGCUUACUAAACCGCAUAAGAGAACCUGGGUUAAUCUUCACUGUGAUUAGAAUUAUGGCUAAUAUGGUAGAAAUGAAUUUUUAUUAUAAGAUAUCUUUUAACAAAUACAUGUAUAAAAGUAAUUUCACGUAAUACGUGAUUUUUGCCAAACUAUUUAUCUAUGAUUGGCUUGAUGUUUCCCCUUACUGACCCCCUCAAACACAUCCACAGUGCCAUUGUUUUAACUUCCUUGUAAUUGAUGGUACAAGAUUGGACUUACUUUGAACGAGUAAUGCUGCAAUAUUAACAGUUUCUCCUUUGGUUCAUUUCUUUGAUAUUUCAUAACUUCCCUAUCAUAAUUCUCCUCAUCUGACAAUAAUAUUCUUCAUUGAUAAUUAUUUUUAAAUCUUUAAACACCCUCUUCAGAAAGGAAAAAUCUUCAUUGCAUGGUCACCAUUCCACACAGUGUCUCUAAAAUACUUUCCAUGGAACAUAAUUUAUCACAAUUAUCAAUUAUUGUUUCCUUUAUACAAGACAAUCAGAGAAUACAAAUUCUAGAAUACAAGCAGUGAAGAUUUGAUUCUUGAAAUUCCUGUCUCAGAUUAUCUUGAUUCUCCUUAAGCAGACUAACAGUCAUUGGCACUGAUGUCACAACGUAAGUGGCUUGGAGUGAUUCUGCUGUUUUGAUUACUGUCAUCAAAAAAGGAAGAAAUUUUUUCUCUUCUGCAGGUCGUACACUUAAAAAUAUCUAAAAGAAGAAAGACUCUUAGAAUUAUUGAAAACAGUAAGUGACAAUUACAGCACAGUUCCCUUUCUUCCAGAGAGUGUUGGAAAAGUUGGAAAAGUGUAUGUUAUGUGUAGGUAUACCAUAUUUACUUGUGUAUAAUGUGCACCCCAAUAUAAUGCACACUGCAUUUUUCUAGAUAGUUUUCAAAUAAUAGUAUACUUUUUGGCCACCUAGUAAAACAAACCCUUUGGGACAGAAAGAAUCACCAACAAACACCCCAGUGUAAACAUUUAUGAACAAAUUAAAAUAAAAUAAAAUAUUACAGCUCCCUAGUAUUUACAUAACUCAAGCAGUAUUAUAAAAAUUAUAAAAAUAAAAUUAAUGUAAUGGCAUCUGUAUUAUGGGAUGUUUUUCCAUUUAUAAUAUGUAAAUGUUCAAUUGGACUAUUAUCUUAAUUGUCAAUAAAUGGUGACAAAAAACAUGAUAAUUCUUGUGAAGUGUCUGUCAGCUUUUAGACAUAAGAUUACUGAGCAUCCUUGAAUAAAAGCCAGAUCUACCGUCCUGAGGGUCCUGAAGGGAUAUCAAUCCCAUUGAAACUGUUUAACCCUCAAUUUCCAUUUGUUACAUUUUUUCCCGUUCUCAGUGAUAGAAUCCCCCUGCAUGCCAGUGACUUAAACCCCAUUUUCUUAGAGCCAGAACAUCCCAUUUUGCCCCUUCAGAACUCCCCACAAUGAAUUCAGUGUAGCACCCUGGCCUUACUAGUAAACAAAUCAGCAUACUUACUAAUGAACAGCUGUAUGUACCUGCAACCGGAUUCUUCUGGUAGAACUCCUUAGAGAACAUUGCCCUGAAUUUCUUGUCCCCCAGUUAAUGAUUCCGGGCUUCCGUACAACAAAGAAAACGCUCCCUAUCCAUUCAAUAGUUCUCGAUCUUUCGUUUUGCUUUCCCCUAUUAAGCGGCCUGAAUUCCUAGUGACCUCGCGUAACUUACCAGGUCCUCAACAAUUGACAUGAGAGGUGAAAUCACUAUGACCAAUAGAUUGCCAGGGAAUUCAUAACCUUUAGCAUCUAACGGUUUUUUAAACCCUCUAGCUUAUAGGCAACAUUUGGAAGGUUAGACUCUUCUAUCAAUUGCCCCAAAACAUCUCUUCUUUCCACAAUCUUCUCAAUAAUAAAUCUUUGCUUCGCUUUGAACUGUACCACAGGAAACAUAAACAAGCCUUCUUCAAGCGCUUGCUGGAGGUCUCCCUCGAAUCUAAAGUUAACACUACCAUCAACUUCGACAGAAUUCGUACGGUCAGCUGCUGUAAGCUUUUAAGCUUAAAAGUUCCGAAAGGAGUUUGAAGCGAAAUCACGAAGAAGGCACUGCAGCUAGCCGGCAUUUCCCGCGAUCAAUCUACCUAGUUGCGUGCCCGUGCAACGGAAGUUUUCAUGCUGUAGAAAGUUUCAAAAGUCGUGCAACGAACAUGGAAAUCUAAAAUGUAAGCUUGGCGUUGUAUACCAGACAAUGUAAGCAAAUUAAGGUGUGGAGUGAAAGUCAUGCAUCGCGUAUCGUAUCAGCAAUAAAAAUUUACGAUACCUUGGAAAGAUCCGCCCUAAAAAUUCAUCGGAGAGUGUUUGUUUCUUGUAGCCGUGCUAAAGGUUGUAAUUUUUGCGGGUUGUUAACAUUUUGUUCUGAAACUUCCCUCGUUGAACGCGCUACGCAACUAUGGCGAUCGAUAAGGAAAACUACGUCGUGUAAGAAAACACGAGAGUCACCCGGCAGCUUCUCUUCGCUGAUUGGCCAGAAAAAAUUUUUUCUGGCCAAUCAGAAGCAAGCAAUUCAAACGCUUCUGGAACUGGUUCGAUAAGAGUAAGUGCCCAGGGGCUCGUCUCGAUCGUACAGUAAACUUUCACCACGAACUUUUUAUCGACCCCACCAACUGCCCCUGGGUCUCCGAGGAUGUUCGGCUAUUUGACGAAGUGAGAGCCGAAUUAGUUCGAGAUAUCUCGAGAUUACUUCGAUUUCUUUGAUUUAUUCGUUAACUUUUUCGAGGAAGAAAGAAUUAUUAUUUUGGCUUUCCCGGGGUUUGUGACCCAUCAGAUCAGAGGAGACUCUAAGCUGAGGGAUUAGCCGAUUGCACUACUGCGACCCAAGGUGGUUUGGGAUAUGAAAAUUAGUUAUGAAAUGAAGCACUAGUCUCGGGACAAGAUUGGGCGAGCAAGUUCUUGACUUUUCGGCUUGUUUCAUUUAUUUCACGAAAUGAGACCAGACUACUUCGUGAUAUCUUGAGAUCACUUCGAGUUUAGUCUUUAAUUACUCGAGGAAUAAACAGAGGAUAUUUCGUGGCCGCGCAGAGACAUGAAAUUUCUCUUCGAGUUUUGAAAAACAUUUCACGAGUGAGCCCUCCUUUCGAACUGUUUUAUGAUGAAUUUAAAGUUACAAAAUGCUGCACAAAGACAUUUUGUCUUUGGUGAGUGUUACGUAGUAAAAUUGCUUUCAUGCGUUGCGUGACUUUCUCGAACAUUCUCUACGUUUUUGGAUUAUCCCUGAAUAAUUAAUUAGGGUAUGUUUACAUUUCAGCAUGAGUCUGCAGAUUUGCAUCCGUCACUGAAAUCAUAAAAUAUGUCGAAAAGCUACUACUAUUCGCCUGUUUAGUAUUUUCUAGAACCUUAUGUCAAACGGUAUACAAGUUCCAAGCGAGUUCUUUUGACGAACUAAGUUUUUUCCCACGAGCUGGACUGCUGUGUUUAGUCAAGUGUGAUGAAGGUUGAUUUUCAGGUUCUGUGUUUACAAGUUCGUGGAAGCCAUAAGAUAUCUGAAGUUCAAGUGAGAGUUUGUUAUUAUUGGUAGAGGCUGUUUAGUUUUACUCAAAGUUCAAGUCAAGUUUGCGUUGGUGGAUGCUGUGUUUUAAAGCUCUGAGAAGGCUAUGUUCCUUUGGUGUUAAACUUCCUUGUGUUAAUCCGACAUCCCUACGUGCUGAUAGUCAGUGAAUAAUUAUCCCCAAAACAUUCAAACUCGUGACUUUGAGUUUUAGCCAAUUCCAUGCUCAACGUAAUUGACUCCUUACCCAUGCCUUACAUAUCUUUAAUCAGUACAUGAGACUGCUAUGCUGUUUUUGAAGCCUAAUGUGACGAAGAAAAAUAGAGAAUUGUUUUUUUAAAAGGAUUUGUAUGGAGUCAUCAGAGCAUAACUGGGCUAAUACCUCAGAGACAAUUUGUCCCGAAAUGCUAGUUUUUGGCAAGUAGGCCUCUUGGAUGUUGCUCUUUUCAGAAUAUCCUGACAAAUCCCAUAAUUUCACAAAUUAACGCCUUACUCUUACCAUAUUUGAUUUCUUACUAUUCCUCCACAUUUACAGUUAAUUAGUUCCACAACCACGACGCCGAAGUGUACGCUCCGUAGCGUCUUGUUAUGUAUGGUGCUGUGUCAGUGGGAAAUGGCCCAAGUUCGAUGUAUUUAAAAUAACACGACUCCGAGGCUUUAGGGUCAUAAAAGCAAAUUUUACAUGACUCCAUUGUCUCGCAAUUCCCAGAGGAGACUUGAGCACACGGAAAACCAAACCAAAUAUAGAAAAAUGACCAGAAAGCAUUGGAGUCAUGUUAGAAUUUUAGUAUAUCGAACCUGUCCUAUUGAAACUGAAAAAUUUGAUCUAAGAGUUAAUUUAUCUCUGUAAAGAAAUAACUUAAAGCAGAAGUUUGAAGCAUAAGACCUUCAUCAGAGCAAAUCAAGGGAUUGUCGGUUUUAUGCAGUUUAUACAGCUAUUUCGAGAAAGGUUGUCGGGAAAAGUGCACAUGACAAUCCCAAAAGGUAUUGUGGGUGGUUUUUAGUUCACUGUUUUUUCAAAGAAAUUUCAAAGAAUGGCAAGAGGGGCUAUGGACAUAUGUUAGCAAGUGCUAAAGGAAAACAACAAAAGUAGGUUCGAUGGCUACAGUGUCAGGAACAGUGUAUUGAUCAUAUCCCAUAUUACCUUUCGGGAUUGUCACAUGCAUAGUUUUUCCAACAACUUUUCUAGAAAUAGUUGUAUAUCAAAAUGUGGUGGAUGUACAUCAUAGCUGGUAAUAUGGUAAUACAAAAAACAACAAUAUAUUAUAGCUGUAGCUGAAUGAAAGUGUUCUUUACUUUUCAUAGGGAUUAAGAGUGAACACGUGGAAGAUAAAUAUUUGUUCUAUGUUUUUUGCCACUUUUGGUGUUGCCUUGGUGUGAGAAGUGACUACGCAUUGCCAUGUUUGGUUAGAAUGCUUUGAAAGGAUGAAAGGGCAUGUGACUGGUCUUCAUACCUAGGCUGUACCAUAAAAACCACAGAGUAGGCACAAUCGCUGGACCCGCUCUGAUAAAUGACUGAUGCAUGUGUAAUAUGCUCAAAACAUCAUUUGAGGCAAAGAAACCAAAUUCUUACAUAAGAUGAUAUGUUAAUAUAUGACUCUUCUUUCUUUUGUUUAUUUAUCUUCUCUUAGAAUUGAAAGCUAUUCUUGCAAGAUGGCUGGUAGUGACAAGAAAUUAUACAAAACUCUAAAUGAAGGCAGUGGUCCCAAUGAACUUCAAGCAUUGUCACCUCCCCAAACACACUUUCAAACCACUACCCCAGGUAGUAUAUCGCCCACAAACAGCAGUUACCCUGGUAUUCUGGCCAAUAUGCGACCGAGGACACUUAGCACAGGAAGCCAGGAAGAAGCGGUAUUGUGCGACACUAUCAGUCGUAAGAUGUUAUUUUACUUGAUAUCAACACUGAAUGCUGCAUUCAAUCCUGACUAUGACUUCAGCAAUGUUAAGUCUCAUGAAUUCUCUCGUGAGCCAAAUCUGCGAGUUGUCAUAGACACAAUUAAUGGGAAUUUGUCAGCAAAUGUUGGGGAGCCUUUUGUGGCACUGAAGACUGGGUUAUGGGCUGCUGUGGAUGAAGAGAUAAAUCUUGCAGAGUGUGAUAUUUUCAGGUAACUUUAAAUAUUGAGUUUGGUCAUUUCAAGCGUCAAAUGCAAUCCUGAGUCAGCCAAGCAUGAACCAACCUUAAGUCAAGCCCAAAGGUUAAUUUUUUCCCAUUUUACAGUUUCAUUGCCACAGAAAAGCAUUUUAACAAUUUUGUUGAAAACAUUUUCAAGACAGGUAAUAUGUGAUAUCUACAUGUAACCUGCAUUGUGGUGAAUAAAAGACAUUCGACAUGUAUAACAUGAAGAGUUCAAUAUUAUGCCACAAGCUCUUGUCACAUCUGCUUUUCAUUAACAACAGAUCAUGAAAUGAACAAACUAUUGCAACAAAGAACGGAGAGAAAUAACUUUUCGUGCCUGUUGUCCUUCUUCCUUUGAGUUUGAGUUUACGACAAGUAGCAUUUUCUGAAUAAUCAAUUUUUGCUUUAUAACUGUAUUUUUGUGUAAGUAAAUUGAAUUAAAUAAAAACAGUCAGUAGUCUUAUUAAUGCUUUUUAUUACACAGAUUAGGUUACCAAAAAAGCAGACUAUAGGAAAGGGGAGGAAGAUACAGAGAUACAGCUUCUACUUGUUCCAUUUAGGUUCUUCAAACUCCACUUUUCAGUGGCAGUAGUGUGAUAGUCAAAUCUCCUACCAGUGAAUUGAAUUGCAUGUUCCCAGUCUAAUGCUUUGCACAUUCCAGUUCCCAUUAACUAGUCAUUUCCUCAUACACGUAUGUCUUUCAUUUUUGUAGUUAUAACCCUGAUCUUGACUCAGAUCCUUACGGUGAAGAGGGUAGUCUGUGGUCCUUCAACUACUUCUUCUACAACAAGAAAAUGAAAAGAAUCUUGUUCUUUACAUGUAGGGCAACAAGGUAA